UAAGAAAGACAUCACUUUGGGUAAAGCCGUCAUCAAAUCAAAUAGAAACGGCAGUAACGACAAUCAUUACUUAUAUUAACAACUUCAACGGUAACAACACCGACAAAAUCACGUUGCAAAAUCACGACCCUGCUACCCUGCUAGAAAUAGCAGCCAAAUUCCUUUCACAACCACACACUGUCUUGAUAUAGAAAGGAAAGGACACGUUUUUUGGGGGUGAUAAUAGCUGUGAUAUUAUCUGCAAAUAAGAUGGAAUGAUCAUGAAUGGAUUGCCUUUGAUCACAGAUCUAUCUACUCAGUCCGGACUGACUGACCUGGGGCUAAAACAACAACAAUAACAACAACAGCGAACACUUGUAACUUAUAACUACUACUACUACUACUACUACUACUACUACCAGAAGUGUUGUGGUAGAAAACAACUAAUAAUAAUAAUAAUAGAACUAAUAACACUAUUACAAUAACUCUUUAUUGCUAUUAGGUAACAACAGCAAUUAGUUGUAUAAACAACUGUGACUUGUAUUACAACAAUAACGUCAACAACAAUUAGUAAUACGAUUUCAGCUGCUGCUGCUGCUGUUAUUAUGCUUGAAAUAAUUAUAAUGAUACUAUCGAUAACAGUGUAAACACCAUCAGGCUGCUGGGAAAAGUGUCGGUCACUGAGGCUGCUCGAAACAGAAGCCUAAUCUACUUUAAAUCACUCUUUGAUAUCUCCCUUGGGAAAAGAGGAUAUUUCGGAUGAAGUCAGUAUAUUUGAAAGAAGGGGAUAAAAAAAUUAAAAAAAGGAUGCCUGGAAUGCAUUUGUUCAUUAACUUGUUCAGUCAAGUCUGAUAUGGGGCUGAACGAAAACACACCAGUAUCUGCAGAAAGGAGAAAUUAUUACUACAUUUACUACAUCAAUAAUAAGGGGGUAAAAAAAAGGGGUUAAAAACUACGUUGAUUGUAACAUUUGCAUAAGGAGGUUAUACCAGUGGUAAGAAAAACGAUUUACAACAAAAGCGAAACAAUAGCUAACUGACAUCAAGAAUUAUAACAAACAACAUGAACUAACGAAGAAGCCUCUGCGUAGUUUCUUGACCUGCUAGAAAUAACAGCUAAAUCUUUCGGGGAAACCACUUUAUUUUCUAACAAACAAAAAAGAGAAAAAGGAAAGAAAAGGAGAGAGAUAUAAAGGCUAACGAAGUCUUAAACUAUACUAACAUAUGAAUGAAAAUCCGAAUGAAAAUCCGAAUGGUCGCGGUUAAGACGUCUUUUGUCUUAGGGUCUGUCAGUUUGAUCAUUGUCACAUUUUGAUCAUUGUUACAGCACUGAGGCUAAAAUAGCAACUGUUACAACAACAACAACAACGUAUACUAGUUACAGCGACAAUAUUAAUUAAAUACGUAAUAAACUGCGUCACCACUAUCCUCCACCGGCGCUACCGCUCAUACCAGCACUAUAGCUACUACUCCAAUUCGCUCACAGUACGUCGCCACCACCACGUGAAAGAGAAUGUAAAGAACAACAGUAAAACAUAUACACCACCACCCCGAUUCAUAAAGCAACAGAUUGAGCCACUUCCACCACAACAAUAACCGAAACAACAGGGCAAGGGUUUAUAACAACAACAACAACAGCAGUAGCAGUAGCAGCUUGCGGUGGAGGCUGCACCGGUUGCGGUGGUGGAGGAGAUUUGAGAAAAAAGUUUAAAGAAUGAGAAAAGUUAAAUAUAUUUGGCCAGAGUAAGGUGUAUCUAUCAGAUUCAUAAUCGAUCAAUUUACCGGUUUAUUUAUCUACUAGCUUACUAAUCAAUUAAUCAAUCAAUCUAUCUAUCUAUCUAUCUAUCUAUCUAUCUAUCUAUCUAUCUAUCUAUCUAUUUAUCUCGUAUUGUAUUGAUUAGUGCUGACUUACAUCACCAUGAAAAGUUUCGUCACUUUAUUUAUCCUCCUUCUGCUGGAACUAAAUAAAACUUUUGCUGGAAGGAGAAGACAAGAAAGAUCUGUGCUUCGCUUCGCUGACUGCGGCAAAGACCAACAUCGUGUCAUCACAAUAAACCACAUGAGAAUCAACCCAAUGCCUAUUGUUGCGCCAGGAACGGUCUACUUAAGUAUGGCAGGUACAUUGAGUCACGAUCUCCCACGACGUUUGACCGUUGACCUUAAUGUCACUAAGUACAUUUUUAAGGUGCCCUUCCGGCUGCCCUGUUUCAACCGAAGAUUUGGUUCUUGCAUGUACGACAAUAUCUGCAACAGUCUGGAAAAAUAUCAAAUAUACGGUUGUCCAAAAGAAUUAACAGAUAAGAAUUUACGAUGUCAUUGUCCAUUUCUUAAUGGAAACUUCCGAAUAGACAAACUGCCACUGUCUAUUCCAAAAUUUGGAGGGUUCGCUGGUCCACUUAUCAAUGGUCAUUACAGACUUCAUAUUCGAGUAUUGGGAGAUGAAAAAGAGGAACUCGGCUGCCUGGAAUUAAAGUUUUCGAUCAGAAAACGGAGUAAAGGAUGGUUUUUUAAAACUUGAACUGUCUUUCGUAAUGGCAGGAGUUAUGGUUAAGGCUUUCUAGAAUGGAAUCGGAAAAUUUGCAAACAAAGAAAAACUUCAUAUAUAUAUAUAUAUAUAAUUAUAGACACACACGCAAACAUACAUCAAUUCAUAAGUACGUUUCGUACAUACAUUCAUGCAUGCAUACGUACGUACCUACCUACCUACCUACCUACAUACAUACAUAUAUACAUACAUACAUACAUACAUACAUACAUAUUGCAAACCACCAGGUAACCGCGAAAUCUCCGAUGUGUACUGAAACGGGACCUAAUAUUUUUACUUAUUUAACCUCUGAUUUGGCUUAUUCAUGAAGAAAAUGAACUGAGAACUUGGAUUAAUGGAUUAUAAGGAUCAACAAUAACAGUUAUACAAACUAUUGUAAAAAGCAUGACGAAACGAUGAUGGUGAUAAUGAUGAUGACAACGACAUCGAUGACGACGAUGAUGACAGUUGUCUACGUCAUCAUAAUCAGGGUCACGAUCACAACAAUGGUCAUAGCCAUCAUAUUAAUGUUAUAACAAUUACUAAUGGUUUUGCAUAUAAUAAUUUUCAAUGUACCACUGCUAUAAACAUGACUAACAAGGCUAAUGAAGAAGCCACUACUUGUUUGACCUAAAAGAAAUAACAGUCAACUCACCCUCAAAGAACAUCCUAAAGAACAUACAAUAAACAUUGUGCACCUUGAUAUGCAAAAAUACACACACAUAGAUACAAAAACGAUGAAAAUGAGGAUGAAGGGAAAAAAGACAAUGUGUAUAUCAAAGCAUGCUUAUAUAGAUAUAGAUAUAUAAAUAUAUGUAUAUUUACACAAUUAUAACAAAAACUUAUAUAGAUGUAAAAUUAUAUAUAUUUUUUCAGAA